AUGGCUGCUCUUCAGGGCCAGCUAGUCUCGGCACAGCUUCCUGCAGGAACAUGCGGAGGUAACACCUUUCUUCCGUACUCCAUCUUGGAAAAGCAGAUAACUACGCAGUUGGUCAAAGAAACCCUAUCAUAUCAAACGAACAAGUCGCCAGAGACGAUAUCAAACAUCGCCUCCUUCGUUUGUGGAAAGCCCGGCGCCAGGAGAGUUUUCGCGGUUCUUGCCUGCCUAAGUCGCUCGGAACGUAUUGACUUGUUCUACGAGCACAAUUUUGUCGACUCUAUUCUACCUCUCUUCAUCGAUGAAAGCAAGCAAGUGAGAACCCGAUCCGAUGAACCUGGCCAUUCUGAGAUCACCAAGAGGGUUUUUGCCGACAAGUUUUGGGCAUUCGUUGUUUCGCCGUACCUCUUUUGUGACAACCAAUGGCAAUUUCUCGGACCGGUCUUCAAUGAACAUCAAUUCAGAUAUUCCUUUCGAAAGGAACACCGAAUGCCGUUCUUGGAGCAACCUGGUGGACACAAAGAAAGUCACUUCAGCACGGUGGGAAAGUGGUCUAUUCAUCAGUCUCAUUUCAAGAAGAGCUCAAAACUUCGCCUAUCAGUCGACAAAAAUGGACAUCCCAUUAUAGCAGUGAAAGAGCUGAAGAAUGUCAACAUGAAUCCUGACGAGUAUGAGCGUGCAGCCGAGGCUGAGGCAGAAGUUUUACAUAUGAUCCGCGAAAUGAAGCAUCCGCACCUCAUCAAGGCAAUCGCUUACUACAAAAGGGGUGAUCGGUACUUUAUUAUUUUCCCGUGGGCGGGAGGUGGUAACCUACGAGACUACUGGGGAAGAGAGCCUCCUCGUAAGCUAGAUGCAGAUUUUGUUGGCUGGACUCUUGGUCAGCUCUGUGGCCUGGCUGGUGCGAUGAAUAAGCUUCAUUCGACAAAGGACUCCGCAUGUAGACACGGGGACCUGAAGCCAGAGAAUAUUCUUUGCUUUGAGAACACCAGGAGCUCCGACCCGUUUUCCCAGCCGUUUCUCGUCAUUGCGGAUGUUGGUCUGGCUAAAGUUCACAUCUUAGCGACGGAGAUGCGUAACGAAGCUACACGCACGAUGAACGGAACGGUUAUGUACGAGCCACCUGAAGCCGUACUGCUGCUAACUAAGAAACUACCACGGUCGCGACGUUAUGACGUCUGGUCCAUCGGCUGUAUCUACUUCGAGUUCCUGAUUUGGCUUCUUUAUGGAAAAGCCGAACUGCUUCGAUUUGGGGAUGACAUAACGCAUCCCGUGAACAGAACACGGCAAUUCUUCGAUGUACAUGGAUCUGGUGUGACCGGAGAGGCUAGCAUCAAGCCCGGUGUUCAGAAGUGGAUGGAUUGGAUCAGAAGGGACCCGAGAUGCCCACCGAACACUGCAAUUCGAAAGUUGCUAGAGCUCAUUUGCACACGAUUGCUAGUCAUAGAGGUAAGCAAGCUGACGAGGAAAGAGUCGUCUGGAAGCGACAGUGUCCGGGGCAGCAUCACUCUACACGCGACAGAUGGCCCAGAUAACCCGAGCAUUAUUCGAUCGGACACCAACAGCAGCUUUAACGGCGAUCCCGCCGACGACCUUCGUUAUCGAGCGACUUCUAUCGAAAUGUACGAAACGCUGGCUGGCAUCAUCAAAGAUGCUUCGGGGAAACCGCCAAGAAUUCCUUGGAUGAAUUGGCAGGCGGGUUCUCCAGGAGGGCCAGGACAAUACGGAGAUACCUUGGGUGUUUCUCAACUAGGUAUAAGGGGUCGACGCGGCGUUAAUGCAUGA